GGCUUCAAGCAGUACUCCCGACGAGUUAUUUGCAUCUUUUCGUAUUUGUAUGGAAUUAGAUUGCCGAUUGAACGGCUAGUGAGGUACCGAAUUUGUGUGUUCGCUUUUCGAUUGCCAGCUCGUGGGAGUCCGAUUUGACCGGUAUUUGUCGCAAACCAGACCAACAAACAAUCUACGGAGUAUCGGCAUCGGCAGGCUGCCUGUGAUGCCAUAGGAAUUAAUACGCUUACUUGUUGAUUCGGGUUGGAGAAACAUUCUGAAUUGAAUUAAAGACGGCGGAUUCCUGCGCCGCGGGAGCAUACCUUGAAAAGAAAAGCAAUUUACGUUUACACAUUACUCCAUUCGCAUUUUCAUCACUGAUCCGAAGUUUAUCAUGGCAACAAGUGCAUUUCUAUUUUCCCGGCAAUGUCCGCGGUUAUUAGGUUCAGGUACUCGCACGCUCGGUUCGGGUGCGUUGAGGGGAGGGUUUCGGCAGCAUGGGAUGUUCAACCGGUCUAUUGUUACUUUGUCGGGGUUAUCGAGGUCUCCGAGGACGAAAGAUUGCUUCGUGCGUGGUGCAGAUGCAAGCUGCAUAAAGAUACUCAAUCAGAAGAGAUGGACGACAAACAAGAGCCCGGAAGAUCAGGUGCAACCCACCAAAGAAUCUGAACAACCUCGGAUACAAGUUCCUCAAAAAACUCAUGAAAACAUCUACACUGUUCCAAAUAUCCUGACUUUUUCUCGUCUGCUUGCUGCGCCCGCUGUAGGGUACUUUCUUAUCCAUCACCACCACGCUGCUGCCUUGUCCCUGUUCGCUUAUGCGGGCAUCACGGACCUUGUUGACGGGUAUAUCGCCCGUCGAUGGAAUCUGCAGACAGUCGUCGGAACCAUUAUCGACCCAAUGGCUGACAAACUACUGAUGACCAUCGGUGUUGCCUGUCUGGCAGUAAAUGGAUCGAUUCCCGUCUGGCUCGCCGUGAUCAUCCUCGGCCGCGACGUAGGUCUCGCAAUAUCCGCGAUCUAUUAUCGCUGGAUCUCCCUCCCACCACCCAAAACAAUGGCUCGGUAUUGGGAUUUUUCGCUCCCCUCUGCAGAGGUGAAACCGACCGAAAUCUCCAAGAUCAACACUGCAUUGCAGCUUUUGCUCGUUGGAUCUGCGAUCGCUCUGCCUGUGCUCCCGGAGACGUUCUUGAAUGCGUGGCAUCUUAGGGAGGCGAUGACUGGAUUUCAGGUGUGGAGAACAGGGCUUCCCGUCCGCUCAGCCGUACUUAAGCCACACGCCGGCCGGUUAGUAGUUGGAUACCUCGUCGCAGGAACCACCAUUUGGUCCGGCCUUAGCUACGUCUUCUCGAAUAAUGCUGUUAAGAUCUUGACUAAGGAAGAAGUUCAGAAGAGGAUUGCUAGGAGUAGUGCGAAGAAGGGAUCUUCUUAAUGUUCUCGAAGCUUUUUGACGGAGGAAAGGAAAAAGUCCGUGGUCGUACAGUUGUAUAUACGGGGUGAACUUUUUGUGUACUUGAAGUUUUGUAGAUGGGUUGCAUAGCAUUACAUUUGACAUUCCAUAUUUAAAAAUUUGUCAAAAGUUGAUAUUCCUAAAAAAUAUACAUGAUGACUAC